AUGGAGGAGACCUCUGACGAGCCUCCAACUUCUGCUGUCUUCUUAGACAGCUGCCACUUCUCCCAGGUCGUCUUUAACAACGUGGAGAAGUUUUAUGUUCCUGGAGGAGAUGUGACCUGUUACUACACCCUCACACAGAACAUUGUGCCUCGUGGGAAGGACUGGGUGGGCAUCUUCCGGGUGGGGUGGAAGACAACAAGGGAAUAUUACACGUUCCUGUGGGCUCCUCUGCCUGGUGACACCCACAGUGACACCGUUGUGCAGCAGCAGAUCCAGUUCAAAGCUUACUACCUACCCAAAGAUGAUGAGUACUACCAGUUCUGCUACGUGGACCAGGACGGCGUGGUCCGGGGAGCCAGCGUGCCCUUCCAGUUCAGAGCAGAGGCUGAGGAUGACAUCCUGGUGGUGACCACACAGGGAGAAGUGGAGGAGAUUGAACUACAAAACAAAAAUCUGCGUCAAGAAAAUGAGGAGCUGAAAACAACCUGUGCAGGUCUCCAGAAACAGAACAUGGGUCUGCAGGAAGAGCUCAAGAGGACACAGGAGCUGCAGGAUAGUUUAGAGGCUCUAAGGAGCAACACAGAGACACUGGAGCUGGAGCUGAAUUCCCUGAAAAAGGAGAAUAAACAUCUAAAGGAGCUGGAUGAGUGCAGAGCAGCAGAACUGCACCAGCUCAAAGAACAAAUUCAGAAGGUGACCACUGAGAAGGAACACUUGGAAAGCAGACUGAAAACAGCCCUGGAUCACAUGGACCAGCUGCAGUCUCAAGUGUUGAAUUAUGAGAAAGAAGUGGAAAACCUGUCUCAGAUGGAGCACGACAAGACAGAGCAGCUCGAAAGCUUAAAGGAGGAGAAUCGCCACCUACGCAUGACUGGGAGUCAAGAGGUAAAGGCUUCCCUGAGUGCCACAUGCUUGGAGCUGGCAUCACCUCAUUUGCCAGUUUCCCAUGAUUUACCAAAUAACCCUGUUCCUUCAUAGCAAGAAAUCCACGACUUAAUGAAACAACUCGAGGAGCAGAAGCGUUUGUUUCAGAUCCUGGAGGCAAAAAAGAAGGAAGCUGAUGAAGAAAAUCAGAAGCUAAGGGAGGAGAACGACGGACUCCUGAGGCAUCUCUCCCAGGCUCAAGAGGUUUCUUCUCUCUCUGCUCUUUCACAAGCUCGAGCCCCAGCUCCUGAAGUAGGAGGCCUUCUGUUUGGAAACCCAUAUUGUGCUGGAGGAGCAAACCUGAGGGCAGGAGCUGCAGACAUAGCUUCCCUAAGGAAGUGCCCCAUGUGUGAUGAUGUAUUCCCUGAAGAUAUUGAAAUGAGUCAAUAUGAGGCCCAUGUACAGAGUCAUCUUCUGGAGUGCCCUCUCUGCAAUGAGACCUUUGAUAAGUCCAACAAGCAGGUGUUUGAUGACCAUAUGUUUUGCCAUAACCUGGAAUAA